AGGGAAGCGGGAUCCUAAGUGUCGUAGAGGUCAGGAAUCUUCUCUGCAGCUCAAGAUUCCCCAUUCACCCACCACACGUGGUGCAAGAAGUUAAACAGGUAGUGCACAGUGUGGUCUCUUUCCCCAUUCAGAAUACUUGACACUUCUACUUGAAUAACUUGUGGAAAGGGGUUGGGUGUGCUAACCUUUAGCAGCUGCGUGAAUAAGUAUUCAGAAACAAUGAGGUUCUCAAGAAUGUGCUUUUACUAAAGCUCUAGAUACUAAAUUUGGGGAGAAGGGUGGGUCUGAGCUGAGUUGUGUUUUACAAAAACUUCCACGUUCUUUACACUGGGACAAAGGAAAUGUCUUGGUUCCCUCCGGCUGCGUGGUUGUGUGAGUUCUUAAUCUGUGCUUUAAAACUCAGGUCCAUGUAGUCAUCUUCAGAAACAGUAAGGCACUAACUGGGUGCUUGGAAGAUUUCAGGUUCCUGCUCUGCAAGAUUCCAGGCUUGACCUGAGGCAGGUCUUUUCUCCAGCGUGGCACGCUGUGGGCCCUAACCCGUAAGGUCCAGGCAAUAGCACUGCCCUGCCUGCGAGACUGAUCGGCCACUAAAUGCUCUGAGAGACUGAAAGGUGCUCAGAUACUCUUGGCAAGAGGACAGGACAUACAUAACUGCACAAAUUAAAAUCUUUUUCAGACACCGCUGACUCUUCCUAGCCAUACGAAAGGCGGAUGCACUUAAUGCUGUUACACAGUUCCACAACUAAAACUCAGUGUUCUUCCAGCAUGGUGUUUGCUAGCUGUAUUUUUCCUUUCAAGCCAGUACUGCUUUACUGGAGAAGAGCUCUUGGCUGAAGUUUUUAAGCCCCAUUCCAAGGCAGGUUUUUACUUCAAGAGUCCUUUCUCAAUCAGUCUUUCUGCAGAUGUGUUCUCAUCUACAGACUGACAGAAACUCGUUCCGGGGAACAUGAGACGUUGACAAGUUUAGGAGCACGUUGUUACUAGUUUCUCCCUUCAUGCUGUGGCCUGCAGCUUAAGUCACAAAUGGAGGUGCGUUUGCACUACACUCUGGUGCUCAGAACAAAGCAGGGAUGUUCCAUUCUGGGAUGUUCCGUUCUGCACGCUGUGCUACGGGGGAAGAGGUGUAACAGUCCCUAGAAACUCGCAGCUCACAGCUGAGAUGAGCCACUGUCUCGGACUGCUGCGGUUGGCUGCUUUGGUCCACAGGAGUUAACAGCUCUGGUCCUUUGCUUUCUGCUUUCCCUUCCUCCUAGUUCCAGCUUUCCUUUGUAAUUCUAGGCAUAACUUCCUUCCAUAUUCCUUCUUAUUUUGUCGUUCUCCCGGUAUCUGAACAGCUGCUGCACUUUGUCCACUCUCUGCAGAAAGCACGGGGUUUCUCCAGGGGGGAGCUUGGUGAAAAUUGAAAAAGAAAAUUUUCAUGAAAUUGUACACAGACUCAUUGGUCAUAUUUAUUCUGAGUUGUUUAAAAGCUCCGGGCCAGCUCUAGUCUGAAAAUACAUGAAACUUAUAAAAUGUUGCAAGCUUGAUUGUGAACUAGGGGGAGAAAAAUUAAAGAAAUUUUUCAUGAUUAAAAUUGCGAGAAUUUUCUGAAACCUUUCAAAUGCUUCAGGUACCCCCUUAGGAAUGUUUUACACUGGCUGGCAAUAGAACUACCCCCUCUCUGCUGUUUGCUUGUGAAACUUGGAGAUUGCACCAUUCCUUUUCUCUGGUCAGAACUGUUUAGCUAAGGCCACCCCACCUCCAGAGCACCGAGUAGCUUAGUGACCAGACAGAAAAUUGCCGCUGUUUCUGAAAAUUGCAGAAUUUCUGAGUAAGUUUUCUUAAAAGUCCUGAAUUGCCUUUGUGUCUGCAGGACCUAACAGCUCCAGACAAACGGACCACUUCUCCAGGUCAGUGGUACCCAAAAGCCACGUGAUUCCAACCAUGCUUGUCUUUCUCAGCGUGAUAACCCCUUACUGGGUCGCUCCCAAGUAUAGGAGAAAAUCACUGGUCAGUUGCCAAGUUUCAUGGAAGAGGGGGUUGUUGUUUACUUUUAUCUGAGUUUGUAAACUCCCUGACCAGAAUUUCCUAAGCCGAGAAGCCUGCCUGCUUUCUCACAGCAUCUCGUUUUUCAUUCUGCUCCUGAAGACAGCCCUUGACAAACGACAGCUCUUCUAGCGUUAAGCAUCCCUCAUGAAACAUUCCAAGGGCAUGAUGCUGGCUUCUGGAUUCCUUUUGCUGCCCCCUCCCCCAAUUUUUUUCAUUACAUAAAGCUGACAACUGCAGAUUUGUCCUCUUGAUUAUAGAGUCAGUUAAAGAAAAGAGUUCAUGUCCAUCCCAGCUUGUUUCACUUUGCUGCUUUUCCUCCGCCAGCCCAACUUUCAGCUGCAGUAACAUGAUACCACUUGGCAGAGAAUCUCUGGCACAUUGGAAAGAGGCUUAAUGUAAAGUCUACUUUUUUUAUUAUUAUUUUUUUUUUUUAGAGCUUUUUAAAACUCUAGUGGUUCUGCACAACUUUGGCAGGGCUACUCACAAACGCUCCAAAUGCAACUGUGAGCAAAAGGAUUACCAAUGCAUUCUGUGAAGAGAAUGUCUUAGUGUUAUCUGCCACAUCUCUCUCUAAAAAGUAUUACAGAACGACAUGGACCAAAUAGAACAGCUUUCUGCAAACAGAAGGAAGAGCUGCCUCUCAGUUGACAAGAAAAAGAGCAAUGCUUGCAGAACCCUUGUGGGAUUUUUAUGCAUAUUCCCUGUGGUGGCUUUUCUGGCUGUUGUGGGAGAUCCAGCUGGAGCUGCAGUUCAGAAAAGUCAGGAAGAUGCCACAUCGCCCGGUCUUCGUGGAGUGAGAGUGUCUGCUUUGCACAGUCCAGCUUUCCCACCUCAGCCUCCAGCACGGAGAAAACGAUACACGAUCACACCAGGGCACUUGAAAUGGGACCACUUCAACUUGACUUACAAAAUCCUGUCCUUCCCAAGAAACCUCAUAAACGCCAGGGACACGCGCAAGGGGCUAGCGGCUGCGUUCCGAAUGUGGAGUGAAGUGUCACCGUUCAGCUUCAGAGAAGUGCCACGCCACGUGGCUAGUGACCUGAAAAUCGGCUUCUACUCUAUCAACCACACGGACUGCCUGGAGUCCCUCAUUCACCACUGCUUCGAUGGAACCACGGGGGAGCUUGCCCACGCUUUCUUCCCACCCAACGGGGAAAUCCACUUUGAUGACCAUGAGUAUUGGAUCUUGGGGAACACCCGGUUUAGCUGGAAAAAAGGCGUCUGGCUUACGGAUCUGGUCCACGUAGCAGCUCAUGAAAUAGGCCAUGCCUUGGGACUCAUGCACUCCCUGAACCCCAAUGCCCUCAUGCACAUCAACGCCACUUUGACUGGGAAAAAGACCAUCUCUCAAGACGAAGUCUGGGGAAUCCACAGGCUUUACGGGUGCAAAGACAGAUUAUUUAUGUGCCCAUCGUGGGCACAGAAGGGUUUCUGUGAGAAGCGCAGGAAGCUGAUGAAAAAGCACUGUCCAUCCACCUGUGACUUCUGCUACGAAUUCCCAUUUCCAACCGUCCCCCCUACUCUGCCUCCGCCAAGGACAAAAACCAAGACUGUUUCUGAAGGCAGGAAUGUCACCUUCCGCUGUGGACAGAAGAUAAUUCAUAAAAAAGGCAAAGUUUACUGGUAUAAAGAUAAGGAGCUUCUGGAAUACUCAUAUCCAGGUUACUUAUCCUUAAAUGAAGAUCACAUGAGCAUCAUUGCAAACGCAAUUAAUGAAGGAACUUACACUUGUAUAGUAAAGAAAAAAGAAAGAAUCUUGACUACUUAUUCCUGGAGAAUCAGACUGAAGCACUAACAAGGACCUGGAAUGGCCACUUCAAUUACUGCUAGUUCUGUUUCAAAUUCAAAAUGUUUCUUUGGCAUUUUAUAUUUAAUCUCCAGUAGUGCAACUGAACUUCUAAACCGGCUGCUUCCACACUUCAGGCAAAAGAGACUCUGAGCCUUGAUAACAGAAUGCAAAACUUUUCCAAAUUAGUUUUAAUGAUAAAGAAUUUAUCAAGAAUGUGCUGUACAGAGAAUUAAAAAAAAAAAAACCCAACUUUUUAGAAAAAGUAAAGUGUCAAAAGAUUUUUGCAGUUAAACUAUGUGGAUCACGGCAGACUGCUGACAACCAAGAACAUAACUUCAUCAAUCAAACGGGUGAACAGCUUGAUGGCAGAGGUAUUGUGGAAGGAAAAUGACCAGUUAUACUCUGUAAGUCUUUUGCUAUCAUUUUUUUUGAUCCUGGUGCAUAGCAAUAGAAGAACUUACAAA